AUGGGCAAGCUAAUCGAGACGACCACCUCAGAAAGCCUGACAGUACGCGACAAUCGCACUGGUAAAACACAUACCAUCCCGAUUGUGGAUAAUGCCAUUUCUGCGACAGCAUUCAAACAGUUCUCUUCCCCGAGAAAACCCGGGGAACGCGAGGAGAACGAGACCGAGAAGGGCUUGCGCGUACAUGACAAGGGCUUCCUAAACACAGCUGUCAUUCACAGUGAAAUCACAUACAUCGACGGCGAAGCUGGAGUUCUGCGUUACAGAGGCUAUCCCAUCGAGCAACUAGCCCUGAAAUCUACCCAUCUUGAGACAGCGUAUCUACUUAUAUACGGAUCUCUUCCAACUAGAGAUCAGUAUAACCUAUUCGAAACCGAAGUCAUGCGGCAUAGUGUAAUGCAUGCCGAUACGGAAGGAUUCUUUCAAUCUUUCCGAUAUGACGCACAUCCCAUGAGUAUGCUAACAAGCGCAUUUGCCAUGCUUGGCUCAUACUACAGCGAGGCGAAUCCCUCCCUUCAGGGCGAGUUUUUCUAA